UUUAAAUUCAUAUAUAAGCGGCAUGUUGCACUUCAGAAUCAUUCAAAAGCACAACGAAAUAUCAUAGCACAAUUUAUUAAAUCAAUUUAAUAAUUAAAUUGUAAAAUGAAGCAAUUUAUUGUUCUGACUGUUGUAUUAUUGGCCAUUCAGGAGCUUCAAGGCGGUGCAGUUUUAACCGUGGACGAAAAAUGCACGUGUAAGGACACGCUAAAUACAUUGUCUAAAGAUGACCUAAUUCUCCGACUCAUAACGUGCACUCAGCGAAAUGAAAAUCUCGAAGGAAUUAUUACUGCCAUCAAGAAGGACAAUGACUUUUUGAACAAAGAAAAUGAUGCACUUCGUGCACAAAAUUGUGAACUCACCGCACAAUUGGCAAAAGAGAAGAAAGCUCGCGAAGCCGCUGAAAAUGCACUCUGUGAAUGUCAGAAAAACUCCGAACUCCUAAAACAAACGAUUGAGCAACUUAAGAAGGAAUUGGCUCAAACAAAACAAGAACUCGCCAAUUGUAAAGAGGCACUCGCAAACUGCAAGGCUGAAAACGCGAAACUUCUUAAGAAAAUCGAGGAGUUGAAUUGUACAAUUACUCAGUUACAAGAAGAACUUGAACAAUGCCGAGCACGAGAACGGGAUCUACAAUGUCAAUUGGACGAGUGCAACAAAAAAUUGACGAUCUGCAAUAAUGAAUUGAUCGCGUGCCGAAAGCAACAAGAAGAACUUAGAUGCGAAAUUGAAAGACUUAAUGCCGAAAUCAAACGACUCGAAGCGCAAAAUGCUGCCUGCGAAAACGCUCUAAACACAUUGCGUUGCGAAACCAGUGAAUUCCUUGCUAUUGCUACACAGAGACAGAGUAAACUCACCACAAUCAUCCAAAGUGCAGAAGCAGAGAGCACAGCUAUUGGGGCUUCGUAUAUCGGUUUUAGAAAUACGCAUGACCUAACUUGUGCACCAUGUGGAGGUCCGGCCUAAUUUUGCUUUUUGGCUAAAUGUAAAUAAAUACUGUAAGCGGUUUCAAUAAAUUAUAUUUCAUUGUGUGACA